UUGCUGUACAAUACUCAUGUAUACGAUAGCCCGACAUCUGAGGCACCAUGGGUAUCCAGGGGUUCACCAGCUUCAUAGAGGACAACUCACACCUGUUCACUGACUGUCAGCUGUGCAACACCCGCGUCGUCAUCGAUGGAAACAACCUCUGUUACCGGCUGUACUUCGAUAACGGUCUGGACGUGAAGCACGGCGGAGAGUACGGAAAGUUCGCCGACUUGAUCAAACUGUUCUUCAACAACCUGCGUACUUGUCAUGUGGAGCCGUACGUGAUAUAUGAUGGAGCCUACGAGAGCAACGACCACAAGUUUACCACAACCUUGGAGAGGAGCAGGAGACGGAUUCUGUUAUCAGAGACAAUAGCCAGGGAUGGGCCAGGAAACCUGUUACCAACCCUGGCCUCUGCGAUGUUUAAGCAGGUGGUGUGCAGCCUGGGCGUGUGCUGUGCUCAGUGUGACUAUGAGGCUGAUCGGGAGGUCGUGAUGCUGGCCAACAGCUGGAACUGUCCUGUCAUCAGUGUGGACAGCGACUUCUUCAUCUUCAACAUCAGGGCAGGAUACAUCCCAUUGAACCACCUGUACUGGAGGUCUGUGUGUAAGAGGAAGACUCAGGACCAGGAGGAUGACACAGGGUCACAGGAGAAAGUUCCCUACCUUAAGGCUCAGGUCUACACAGUGGACAACUUCUGCAGUUCCUUUGAUGGUCUACAGGUGGAGAUGCUGCCCCUUCUUGGCACACUAAUGGGCAAUGACUACCUGCCUGUGACCCUGUUUCAACCAUUCUACAGUCAGAUCAAGCUGCCUAAAGGAAACAAUGUCUUCUUUUCACGCAGAUAUGCUCGAGCAUAUGGUGUCAUCUCCUGGCUUCAGGAGAGGGAAAGUCUUGAAGAUGCCUUACAGAGAGUCUUAAAUGUCUUUAAGAAAUCCGAGCGUGAGGACUAUAAGAUGAUGAUCCAGUCUUCCAUGGUAGUGUACACAUUUUUCCGGUCCUAUCUGGUGGAUUAUUUUGCUUCGGGAACAUUGUUGUGUAGGCUUCUGACUCACGACGGCUACCCCCUUCCAGACUGGGUUCUACAGAACAUACGUCAGGGAGCCAUGCCUACCAUGUGCCUGAACGCGCUGGCCAACCACAGAGUCUUCUUACACACACAGAUUGAGGACUUAACACAACCAAGUGCCAAUACCUGCUCCCUUCCUAUCAGGGUGGCGAUAUACAACAUUCUACUGAGCCACGAUGAGAGUCAAGUAUUGCAAGAAUCUCCAAAGUCUCACAAGAAAUCUUCUAGGCACUCCAAGGAGUUCUGUGUUGAAGAAUAUGACCGGAUGGGGAAGGACUUGAAGAGGACAUUUAUAAGGCCUGACUAUGAGUCUACCAGAUAUGGCUGUUUACCAAACUUGGCCGGGGUUUCAGCACUGUGUGAGGAAGAUAGGAGGACCCUGCUGCUAGAGGUGCUAGGAGUGAAGGCAGAAGACAUCUCACAAAUCCCUGCUGGUCUACAGUUAACCGUAGCUGUGGUGUGUUACUGGAUCCAACAUGCCAACCCUAAGGUGUCUUUCCUACACCUGUACUGUCUCCUACUCUGUUUCAUCAGACAUGACAUCCAAACCUGUCAGGACCCACUGCCAGCUGAACUUCUCCCUGAACCGACUACCUCUACCUCACAGCAAGGCAAGAAGGGAAAACAGACCUGGACUCCUCCUAAAAGCUGGAUACCAAAGACAGUGUCUGCAUUCUUUGACAAGUUCCGGAAGCCAUCCAAAACCAGGUCUUUUGACUUGGAAGGGGUUCAUGGGUUUGCCCAGUUCCAAAGCUGUAUGCAGUAUGCAAUGUACCUGAACAAGGUAGCAUGCCUGCCCCUACCCCAGCCUGACUUGGCUGGUCUCUUCAGUGGGAUCUUUGCACAUGAGUUAUACAAGGAGAUGAAGAACAAGGCUGACGUCCUGGGCUGGAUCAUGUCAGCACUGGGGAAAACCUCACAGGUUGCAGAAGAGUUCUACAGGCUACAGACGGUUGUGAGACAGAUGGUCUCAGAGGAGUCCUUUGCCACAAGACAACAGUCCAAAACAGCCAGGAAGAAACAGAAGAGAAGGGAGAAUUCCGCAGCAUCUUCCUCAGGGUACGGGGAAGGAUCGAGCUCAUCUUCAAGUGUAGAUAAUGAAGACUUAAAGGAACAGGAGACUUCUGUAGAUGUGGUGGCAUCUUGUACGCUUGAGAACAAGUUUGCAGGGCUGAUGAGCUUGGAUUGUGAUAACUGAGUGUUAUCAGUUAGUACAACUGUCUAAUGCCUUGCUGUUUUGAAGGCUGGUACAUACAUCAACAGUAAAUAUCAAUAGAAGU